AUGAAUGAAUAUCGUAUUUCAAUGUCGCAUAAGCCAGUUGUUUCUUUCCAUAAAUUACCUAUCGAACUUGUUUAUCGUAUUCUUGACUUCCAAAGUAUUCUCACUCUCUUAUGUUCGAUGCGAAAUGUUUGCAAACGAUUCAAUCAAAUUAUCGAUAGUUACGAUCGAUAUCGACAAGAGUGCGAUAUCUUAUGGCUUGACGAUUGUAAAAUUGACGAUGUCAAAGUACAAAACAUAGCCAAGACGCUAAGCAAUGAUACAGUUAUUAUUAAAUUGAUCAUUUACUGUAAUGAGAUCGGACAUGUCGGUGCAAAACAUCUGGCCGAUGCGUUAAGAAGCAAUACGACCUGUACUUAUUUGGAUAUCAGAAACAAUCGGAUUGGAGAUCUCGGGGUCGAACAUUUGGCUAGUGCAUUAAAAAUAAAUACAACACUCACUGGACUAUACCUUAAUGAUAAUAAUAUUGGUCAUGUGGGAGCGAAACACUUAGCUGAUAUGUUAAAAAACAAUACUACAUUGACUAGAUUAUCCGUUUAUAACAAUCAGAUUGGAGAUGAUGGUGCAUAUCAUUUCGCUGAUGCAAUAAAAUAUAAUACUACACUAGAAGAAUUAAAUCUCAGUUGGAAUGAAAUCGGACGUGUUGGAGCAGAAUAUCUCGCCGAAGCCUUGAUGAACAACACGACACUCAAAGAACUCACUUUCAAUGAAAACUCAAUCGGUGAUCGUGGGAUACAACAUUUUGCUAACGUUUACAGAUGCAAUACAAUGUUUUCCAGUCUGGAUCUAAGUUGUUGUGAAAUAGGAGAAGCUGGAGUGCAAUAUCUUGCUGAUGCAUUACAAAAUAACAUGACGUUGACAGUAAUUCAUCUCGACCAUAAUUUGAUUAAGGACGUUGGUGGACAGUGUUUAGCUAACGUGUUAAAAACAACAAAAACACUUACUGUGUUAACUCUUGAGAAAUGUGGUAUCGAAGAUGUUGGCACUCAAUACCUGGCCACUGCGUUGAAGAGUAAUGCGACUCUCAAAUGUCUAAAUCUCUCACGCAAUGGCAUCACAAAUAUUGGAGCGCAACAUCUUGCUGAUGCAUUGCAACAUAAUGUGACACUUACUAAGCUAGACCUUGCAUUCAAUACUAUUGGAGAUCGCGGAGCACGAUAUUUAGCUAAUGGUCUAAUGAAUAACAUGGCAAUAACCGAUUUAAAUCUGAAUUAUAACACAUUCGGCGACACCGGAACGCAGCAUUUUGCAGAUGUCAUACGCACGAAUACCAAACUUACUGAUCUAGGUAUCGGCGGUGAUAAUAUUGGACCUGCGACAGGACAAAUUCUGUUGGAUGCAUUGAGAAGCAACACGACAUUAACUUCACUCGAUUUCGACAAUGAAUCUGUCGGCUGGGAUAUUUCUCAUAUAAUCGAUGAGUAUAUUGAACGGAAUUGCAAACUAUCAAAGGUGUAUUGA